AGCUCUAGUAAAUAUAUAAUUUUCAAAACUUUACAGAAUAUUUUUCGAGGGAUCGUGGUUUUAUACUGAAUUAUAAUAUCAAGGAAUAUUGAAAUAUUGGAAAAUUUCGAUGGCAACUCAAAACGAAAAGACGGAGACUAAUAAUGAAUUUUUGGAAUUUAAUCCGUCAAAACUGGAGAAUGAUAUUUUAUGCUUCACCGAGCAUGACAAGUCAUCUGUGAAAUGUGAUAAUAAGAGAAAACCGGAUAUAAGGGAUUUACCUAAGAGUUCAGUUCUUAGUAGAGUCAAAGACUUCUUGCCCCAAAUUAGCAAAGCGAACAUUGACCUUCAGAAUGACCUUUCCAAAGGAAUCACCGACAAAUAUGACAUUGAAAAUGUAAAUAAUGAGGAUAGAAUUAUUGAAAUUGACUUAUCUCUGGUGCCAACUAGUGACACGGAAGGUAAAAAUAUUCCGGCACCGAUUCUUGAUUUACUGAAUUCAAAUUUAUAUGAUUCUGACUCGUCUAGCGAUGAAUCGUCUGACGAAGGGGAAAAUGAUGAAGACCAUAUAAAUGACGAAAAAAAAUUAAUCAGUGAAGUGUAAGAUCCACUAGGGGGCGUGAUUGAUCUCUGGUACAGAAGAUUCAUGGAAUUGCUGGUGGAACUUACGUUACAUGGAUCAAGAUCAGGAGGAGUCAAGUCAUCUUUUUCGAUGAUUUAUUUGAAUCUGUAAAUCCAUGCAGGGCGACACUUCUGCGAUAACAAGUGUCUUCCUAUUGCUUGGUAUGAUGCAUUAGCGUCAAUCAACAGUAUUGGUGCUAGCAUUAUUGCAGGACACUUUUUUGUAAUUUGUCUGGUGAAGUUUACAAUCAGUGCUUUUUAUUCACUUGAACUUUUUAUCCUAUCGAAUCAAUUUUUUAUCUUAUUUCAUUAUCUUAACAAAUCUACUUAACAUGGCACCUUGCUAUCAUUCAUGCUAUGACUGGUUGGUGUAUUCCUUAUACCAUGCGUACUGGUGUUAGCACUAUUGCAACGAAGACUUUUUGAACUUUGUCUUGGUAAUUUUACUAUGAGUGCUUUUACAUUCUCCUGAGUUUUUAGUCUUCUUUGUUUGUAACAUAAUUAUUGUUUAACAAUAUGCCGCUUCAAUUUCUUUCUGUACAAUGGCUGCUGUUCUCAGUUUACCUCUGUUCAAAAUCAUUUCAUACUUUAUUGAAUUUUGGGUGAUUUUAGCUGGUUUUCCUCCAACAUAACCAACUGCAUAGAGCUGCAGUCACAUUAAAAACGCAAUUUGUAUUUUCAUCCUCAAGGCAGGGCUGUAUGAAACAAAGCAUGUUUAGCAGUGUUACCAACAUCCUUUCCUCUCUGUCUAUUUUGUAACUCUUUAUUCUCCUCACUUGAAAACAAGAAUUCAGUUUCUACUCGAUGUUCGGUCAGUACUUGAAUAUCAGCUAAAUUGUCGCUAUAUGUAACCCAAACUCUGGCUUUUCAAUAGAUUGUAAUGAGUAUAUAAAUAUGUGUUACAAAACUACUAAAUGAGUCUAUAUUGGUAUUAUUACAUGCAAAUACAAAGUAAAUUCUCCUCCCAAAACAGGCAAAAUCUUCCAAGGCUGGUAAUCGCUCAGCUAGGUGAUGCCUUAUUCAGUUUAAAUCAGACUCUGCAAUAAUCCAUUCAAUGAGCCGUGACUGACAGAAUAAUUUGUUCAUAAUGUAGUAAUAUUAUGUGCUGCCAGGUGGUAGAUAUAUUUCUGGAACUACAUAUUUGGGAGGGUUUAUGGUUUUAGGUUAGGUUGAUAUCUCUGUACAGCAAAUAAUUGUAGUGUAUUGUAUCAGUGCUAGCAGGUUAUCGGUAUACUGAUAUAUGUCACUACUUUAUGCCCAAAUGUUCUGUAAAUACACAUGUAUUUGUAUAUUAUUAGUUAAACAUCUCCCAACCGACUGGAAAUCCAACGCAUAACUGAAACCAUCUUAUGUCACCUCGUUGUCCUAGAACUGUGUUAACCUCGCAAAGUCAUUUUUGUAGAGCUCACUACCUCCUAUCUGUCUUCAUUUUUGCACUGACUUGAUUUACCUCAAGUCUCGAGUUAAUCAAUGAACCAACUAUACAUAAAGUAUGUGGAUUUACCUAUCUGUCUUGGGGGGGGGGGGGGGGGGGAGGAAAGUGAAUAAGACGGCUUAAUCAUAUGACGAACAACGGCCUCACGUCCGGUUACCAGUCCAUGUGGAUAAGGGAUUAGUUAGCCAGGUAUCUGUUUUCGCAAGUUAAGACAUGUCUUUACCUCAACAGGGCUUAUAGGCAAUCUUGCAUUAUACCUGUUUUCAUUUACUUCAUUUUUUUGUUUCUGCUUCCUAUGAUCAUUAAUGCAAUCGAUUCUUUUUGGGCAGAA